AAGUCUUGGGAACUUUAAAGCUCGAAGUAGAAUUUAUUUUUGUUUAAGAACUUCGCAUUUUUCAAAAUGUUUGCAUCCCUAGUGCCUCAAAAUCCAAAAGUGUCUGAAGACGGGUCAAGACUGGGAGAGCAAAAAUUAAACGGCCGCUCAACGGCAGAACGUCGCCAACUUCAGGGCUGUUUUCCCUUGGGGUGGGUGUGUGGACAUCUGUCCGUCUGGUCCAAACUUCAGCCCGUGGGUUUUACCCACGGAGAAAUGCCCGCUCUCCCUUAUUCCCGACGGGGAAGGGCAGGAUUCGAGCGGGAGUGACGCGGGGCUGCGAGUCGCUCCCUGCCCCGCGCGGCAGCCGGACCCCCGCGACGGCGCGUCCCGGCCCCGGGUCCUGGGCGGGGGCUGGGGGGGUCGGGGGACCGGGGGGUGGGUCGAGGCGUCCCGCUGCCCGUGCCCUGCCCGUGCCCUGCCCGUCCUGCCCGGGCGCAUCACGCGUGCGCGGCCCGUGUGCGGGCGGGCAGCUUGUAAGAUGAGUGAGGGAGCGGUGGGGGGGCGGGCGCCGGGGGAGCUCUGCCAUCGAACACCGCUCACUCGGGCAGUGCCGAGGGCAGAGGCAGCCCCGCGCCCAUGCCCGGGGCCUCCCGCCCGCGGGCCGUGCGGAGAUGAUGUCCAUGGACGCCAAGCAGCCCUUCGCCGUGCCCGCCGCCCUCCAGGAGCCCAAGUUCCCCAGCCUGCACGCCGGCGCCGACGCGAUGCGCAGAGUUUGCCUCCCGGCCCCGCAGCUGCAGGGCAAUAUAUUCGGGAGCUUCGAUGAGAGCCUGCUGGCCCGCGCCGAGGCGCUGGCGGCCGCGGACAUCGCCCCCCACGCCAAGGGCCACCACCUCCACGCCCCGUUCAAGCCGGACGCCGCCUUCCACGCCAUGAGCGGCGUCCCCUGCGCCGCCGCCGCCCUCCCGCACCCCGCCGCGCUCGCCGCCCAUCCGCACCCGCUCCCGCACCCGGCGCUGGACGGCGGCGACCUGCUGGAGCACCUCUCGCCCUCGCUGGCCGUGGCGGGGCUGGCCGAGCCCCCGGCGCUGCCCGCCCCGCUGCCGCCGCCGCCGCUGCCCGCCGCGGGACCCCUGCCCGUGCCCGUGGGCGCCCCGGGGGGCCCCGCGCCCGCCGCGGACCCGCGGGAGCUGGAGGCGUUCGCCGAGCGGUUCAAGCAGCGGCGGGUGCGGCUGGGGGUGACCCAGGCCGACGUGGGGGCGGCGCUGGCGGCGCUGAAGCUGCCGGGCGUGGGCUCGCUCAGCCAGAGCACGAUCUGCCGCUUCGAGUCGCUGACGCUGUCGCACAACAACAUGACGGCCCUGCGGCCGGUGCUCCAGGCCUGGCUGGAGGGCGCCGAGGCCGCCCGGCGUGCCCGCCCCGCCGGCCCCGACCCCCCGCCCGGCGCCGAGCGCAAGCGCCGGCGGACCUCGAUCGCUGCGCCCGAGCGGCGCUCGCUGGAGGCGUAUUUCGCGCUGCAGCCCCGACCCUCGGCCGAGAAGAUCGCGGCCAUCGCCGAGAAGCUGGACCUCAAGAAGAACGUGGUGCGCGUCUGGUUCUGCAACCAGCGCCAGAAGCAGAAGCGCAUGAAGUAUUCGGCGGUGCACUGACGGCCCGGCCCCGAGCGCCCCGACGGCGCGGCCCUACGGGCCCCGGAACGGGACAGACGGACUGCCCCGAGCGCACCCCGCCCCGCCGAGCCAGCCCGGCCCCGGGACCGGAGCCCGGCGGGGAGCGGAGCCGGGGAGGG